CUCCGUUUUUUGUUUAUUAACUACGAUACGACUAUCUCCAUUCUCUCUCAACUCAACCACUACUAUAUUCCUCUCUGUCAACCCAGCUUUGCCACCGGCCAGUCCGCUCUCACCCUGUCACCCAGCCAUGAAAGCUCAAGUUUGGGGUUUUCUUCUUGACUUCCUUCUCUUUGUGCAAUGCUGCCAUGUUACCAAAGUAGAUGCUAGGAUACAAAGGAGGAGGAUGAUGGAAUCUGCAUCUGCUUUGCCGGAAACCAUCACACACUCUCCGCCGGAGGGGAACACCACAUUCCUCGGCGGCACGACUUGGUGCGUGGCCCGCGGCGGCGCGUCGCAGUUCGAUUUACAGGUGGCAUUGGACUGGGCUUGCAGUCAACUGGGACCGGUCGACUGCGGGGCAAUUCAACCAGGCGGCCCAUGCUUCGAGCCCAACACUCUGCUUUCCCAUGCCUCGUACGCUUUCAAUAGCUACUACCAACAGAAUGGGAACAAUGACGCGGCUUGCUACUUCGGUGGAGCUGCCACGCUCACCGGAAACAACCCCAGUUAUGAAACAUGCACUUAUGCAACCUCUGGUCACUACCAUGGGGACAUGAAGUCGUCGGAAGCGGCAAGGCCGCCAAUGCACAAGGAAAACAUAUUUUGGUGGAAAAUAGGUAGCAGUCUCCUUAUGCUUCUGUAUCUGAGAAGCUGAGCAUUUAAUUUAAUUGAGGUAUUUAUUACGGAAAGGACGGCAUAGCUAGAUAUGUGCUUUGAGCUAUGUAACAUUCUUUUCUUUCUAUUGCGUUUAAGAAUCUAUGCCUCUCCAUUUUUGUAACUAAGAAUUUAGGUACAAGAGAAUGCUUUUAAUCUUCGGAUGCCAAAGCAAUUCCUCCCUUUUUGCUUUUAUAUAUAUAUUGGGAAGUUACAUCUGCAGUAACUGAAAAAUACAUUAUGAAUACAAAAACCUUACUUUCUUC